GGUUGGCCGAAGGCGGGGCAUAGCGUGAUGGGAAGCUCGACCAGCAUCCGCGGCCGCUGCUCCUGGAGCCGGGUCGCCACUGGGCUUCCCUCUGACACUUCGACAUGGCUGGCCCGGGCCCCGGCGCGGCCCUAGAGUCCCCGCGGCAGCUGCUGGGCCGAAUACGCUUCCUGGCGGAGGCAGCGCAGAACCUCCGCGCCGGACGGCCGCUGCCGGCGGCGCUGGCUUUCGUGCCGCGCGAGGUGCUUUACAAGCUUUACAAGGAUCCGGCGGGACCGUCGCGCGUGCUGCUGCCGGUGUGGGAGGCAGAGGGCCUGGGGCUGCGUGUGGGAGCCGCAGGCCCGGCCCCGGGUACUGGCUCCGGGCCCCUUCGCGCUGCCCGAGACAGCAUCGAGCUCCGUCGCGGCGCCUGCGUACGCACCACGGGCGAGGAGCUAUGCAACGGCCACGGGCUCUGGGUGAAGCUGACCAAGGAGCAGCUGGCAGAGCACCUGGGCGACUGCGGGCUGGACGAAGGUUGGCUGCUGGUGUGCCGCCCGGCGGAGGGCGGGGCCCGCCUUGUACCCAUAGACACUCCCGACCACCUCCAGCGGCAGCAGCAGCUCUUCGGUGUGGAUUACCGCCCACUGCUGAGAUGGGAACAGGUGGUAGACCUGACAUACUCACAUCGCCUCGGAUCGAGGCCUCAGCCAGCCGAGGCGUACACGGAAGCUGUACAAAGGCUCCUCUAUGUACCCCCGACGUGGACCUACGAAUGCGACGAGGACCUGAUCCACUUCUUGUACGACCACCUGGGCAAGGAGGAUGAGAACCUGGGUAGCGUGAAGCAGUAUGUGGAGAGCAUAGACGUUUCUUCCUACACGGAGGAGUUCAAUGUGUCCUGCCUGACAGACAGCAAUGCAGACACCUAUUGGGAGAGUGAUGGGUCGCAGUGCCAGCACUGGGUGCGGCUUACCAUGAAAAAGGGCACCAUUGUCAAGAAGCUGCUACUCACAGUGGAUACCACAGACGACAACUUUAUGCCUAAGCGGGUUGUAGUCUAUGGGGGCGAAGGAGACAACCUGAAGAAGCUGAGUGACGUGAGCAUUGACGAGACCCUGAUCGGGGAUGUCUGUGUCCUGGAGGAUAUGACUGUCCACCUUCCAAUCAUUGAGAUCCGAAUCGUCGAGUGCCGAGAUGAUGGGAUUGAUGUGCGUCUUCGAGGGGUCAAGAUCAAGUCAUCUAGACAGCGGGAACUAGGGUUGAAUGCAGACCUGUUCCAGCCGACCAGUUUGGUGCGAUAUCCUCGCCUGGAAGGCACUGACCCAGAAGUACUGUACCGCAGAGCUGUUCUCCUGCAGAGAUUCAUAAAGAUCCUAGACAGCGUCCUGCACCACCUGGUACCUGCCUGGGACCACACGCUGGGCACCUUCAGUGAGAUUAAGCAAGUGAAGCAGUUCCUGCUGCUGUCACGCCAGCGGCCGAGCCUGGUGGCCCAGUGCCUGCGUGACUCAGAGAGCAGCAAGCCCAGCUUCAUGCCACGCUUGUACAUCAACCGGCGCCUUGCCAUGGAACACCGUGCCUGCCCCUUAAGGGACCCUGCCUGCAAGAACGCGGUCUUCACCCAGGUGUAUGAAGGCCUCAAGCCCUCUGACAAGUAUGAAAAACCCCUGGACUACAGGUGGCCCAUGCGCUAUGACCAGUGGUGGGAGUGUAAAUUCAUUGCAGAAGGCAUCAUUGACCAAGGGGGUGGUUUCCGGGAUAGCCUGGCAGAUAUGUCAGAAGAACUGUGCCCUAGCUCGGCAGACACCCCUGUGCCUCUGCCCUUCUUUGUGCGCACGGCCAACCAGGGCAAUGGCACAGGUGAGGCCCGGGACAUGUAUGUGCCCAACCCCUCCUGCCGAGACUUUGCCAAAUACGAGUGGAUUGGACAACUGAUGGGGGCUGCCCUUCGGGGUAAGGAGUUCCUGGUCCUGGCUCUGCCUGGUUUUGUGUGGAAGCAGCUCUCUGGUGAGGAGGUGAGCUGGAGCAAGGACUUCCCAGCUGUGGACUCUGUGCUGGUGAAGCUCCUGGAAGUGAUGGAAGGAAUGGACAAGGAGACAUUUGAGUUCAAAUUUGGGAAGGAGCUAACAUUCACCACUGUACUGAGUGACCAACAGGUGGUAGAGCUGAUCCCCGGGGGUGCAGGCAUUGUGGUGGGCUAUGAAGACCGUUCCCGUUUCAUCCAACUGGUGCAGAACGCACGGCUAGAGGAGAGCAGAGAGCAGGUGGCAGCCAUGCAGGCAGGUCUGCUGAAGGUGGUGCCGCAGGCUGUGCUGGACUUGCUAACUUGGCAAGAGUUAGAAAAGAAGGUGUGCGGGGAUCCAGAGGUCACCGUGGAUGCUCUGCGCAAGCUCACCCGGUUUGAGGACUUCGAGCCAUCUGACACACGGGUUCAGUAUUUCUGGGAAGCGCUGAACAACUUCACCAACGAGGACCGGAGUCGCUUCCUACGCUUUGUCACAGGCCGCAGCCGCUUGCCUGCACGAAUCUACAUCUACCCGGACAAGCUGGGCUACGAGACCACAGAUGCACUGCCUGAGUCUUCCACCUGCUCCAGCACCCUCUUCCUGCCGCACUAUGCCAGCGCCAAGGUGUGCGAGGAGAAGCUCCGCUAUGCGGCGUACAACUGCGUGGCCAUCGACACCGACAUGAGCCCUUGGGAGGAGUGAGCCGGCACCAGGGGCCAGCCGUGGGCCAGCGGGGUCCCACUCGGGCUAACCUAGCAAGAUGCCCUCUCUGGACCACCUGGGAUCUGCGUUCCCGAUCUGGAGGGGAGCUGAUGCACUCAUAAAAAGCCAUCACGCACCGCCCGUGUGUGUGGUUGGAGUGGGAGCGGUGAAUUGACACUGGUCGCCCAGCCCCACACACCCACAAGCCCUACGCGUGCUCGGGCUUGCUUCCUGAAUUUUUUAGCCUCUGUAAGAGGGAACCUUCCACAAGCCCAGCACAAGCUGCCAGGCCUGAGCUACUUGAAGGGGGCCUUCUAGCUCCCCACCCCAUGGACUUUGCUUCAAUUUUUAGCUCCUCCUUUUUUUCCUCCUUGUUUUUCUCUGGCUUCUGCCUGGACUCAAAACUAAAACUUUGGAGGCUCCUCCCCAAACAAGGCACCAGGGAUGAGUAGGAAGAGAUGGUCAUCCUUCUUGGUCGCCUGCCCCAAGAAUGAAGUAACAACUGGGUACCCCCUCCCUCACAUACUGGUUUUUUCCUCUUCUCCUUCCAUACUCAAGGUGUGAGCUCUCUCCUCCCUCCAACCCAGGCUCAACUGAUGAAGUGCCACUCCCUUCCCUGGCUCAGAACCUACACUCAACAUUAAAUCUUCACUGCCAUUACCACCCCAUGUUAAUCACUUCUCCAUCACCUCCAGCCUGACUCCCCAUCUGCUGUCUCACUCCUAAGUUUUGCACAAGUUAAGGCCAGUUAUGUCCUCUCCUAAAUCUUCAAUAGCUCCUCUUUACCCAACUCUAAAAUAAAGCCUAGACUUUAAUCCUGCUUCUAGGCCUUAUGCACAUCCCUGCCUCACCCCUCCCUCCCUCAAGGGCCUCCAUGACACUCCAUCAAAGAAUGUCUUGCACGUGGGAAAGUUUAAUAAAUAGAUGAAUUCA